AUGAAUGGCACCAAAAGCUUGAACGGCCAAAAUAGGCCGUCUGUCACUCAGCUUUUCAAGCGAACGGAGGUCAUAGGACGAGGCAAAUUUGGAAUAGUUUAUAAGGGCUACCAUAUCAAGACUCGUCAGGUUUGUGCCAUGAAAAUUCUCAAUUUGGAUUCUGCAGACGAUGAAGUUGAGGACGUGCAAAAGGAAAUACAAUUUCUGUCCUCGUUGAAAAAUGUACCAAACAUCACACAUUACUAUGGCUCUUAUUUGAAUGAUACCAAGUUGUGGGUUAUCAUGGAAUUUUGCGCUGGUGGGUCUUUGAGAACACUACUGCGACCAGGGAAAAUAGGUGAGCAAUAUAUAGGGGUUAUCAUGCGCGAAAUCUUGACAGCCUUAAUGCAUAUCCAUCGCGAUGGCGUCAUACAUCGAGACAUCAAGGCCGCCAACGUGCUGAUCACCAAUGAUGGCCAUGUUAAACUCUGCGACUUCGGCGUUGCAGCCCAGCUCUCACAGACCAAAAUCAGACGGCAAACCAUGGCAGGUACACCAUACUGGAUGGCACCUGAGGUUAUCAUGGAAGGCGUAUAUUACGACACGAAAGUGGAUAUUUGGUCGCUGGGGAUCACAAUUUUCGAAAUAGCGACCGGAAAUCCGCCGUAUUGCGAUGUGGAGGCCCUACGAGCCAUGCAACUUAUCACCAAGUCCAAGCCUCCACGGCUGGAGGGACGCCAGUACUCUACUGCUCUGAAAGAGAUAAUUGCAUUAUGCUUAGAUGAGGAUCCAAAGGAAAGAUCCUCUGCAGAAGAUCUUCUAAAAACGAAGUUUAUAAAACUUCACAAAAACAUGCCCGUCUCCAUUUUAAAAGAGCUGAUAAGUCGUUAUUUGCUACACAGAGAACAACAGCCUCAACGCGAAUCCGCCUCCAUGACUCUCGAUGGUGAAAACUCCAUCAAAGUGGAUGCUUCACCUUCCGAACAAGAUCUGAAUAUGAAAUGGGAUUUCGAUUCGUUGAGCUCUAACGAGUAUAUUAUGGAAAACGAUAUCAACAUUGACGCAAUUCCCGAAGAAUCUUCACCUAACGAACAAUUCAACUAUGCAUAUCCUGAAGACGACCUCUUUUAUCAAUCUAAUAAGAGGCACCUUCAAAACACCACGAUCGGCAAAGCGACGCCAAACGUUGCAACGAGCAAUUUUACUCUCCAGGCAACCAAUAACAACAACAACAACAACAACAACACAACUUAUCAGAACAAUACAAGCACAAGGAAUCAAACUAAACAAAGCUGGGCUAAUACUGGUAAAAAAUCAGAGACUAAGGCGUCGAAAGCCUUACUGCAACUUUUCGAGGAUGAUGAAGAUAACACAGCAGACGCUGAAUACCAAAGACCAGGAGCCGCAAUGCCAGCAAAUUCGCAGGAAGACGCGCUUCGAAUCAACACUCAAUCGACAGAACGUUCGCCGCAUCCGGACCCUUUCAAGUCUCCUAUCUAUCAAAGUCAGAGUACACCUGCGCUUCCUAUGUUACAAACUUCAUUUAGCCAGCCUGUUGUCAUGGGGCAUCAAAGUUCAACGGCUUUACCGACCCCCAUUGAGAUCGAAAUUCCCGAAGAGCUGCCGUCAAGCCAAGAGGCCAGUGGUACUGCUACGAAGCCCAGAUCAUCCACGGUAUCUGCACCUGUGCAUAAACAGGCCUCUGUUCUUCAAAGAAGGCCUACCGUCACAGGGAGUGGUCUUGGACGCGAUCCAUCUGCUACGUCCUUGAAACCUGUUCACGAUGAUAAACAACGCCAAGCGAUCCCUGCUUCCAAUGCUGUAGCGAACAAGUCCAUCAUUAGAAGUGCAUCUCCUUCGAAACCAAUGACUGGAUCUCCUGCUAAACCCACAACGGCUAAUACGUCAGUGAGUACCACGCCUUUGUCCAUGAAGCCUGCUGCCACUGAUAAAUCAGAUAUGCUGUUGAAGCCGUUGAACGGCGAUGAAGCUGAAGGCGGACGUACAAGAAUCAAUCGUGAUUUCAAACGUCGCAAUCCAAAUCUAAAACUACAAAUGCCUUCUCCUACUUCUGCGCUUCCAAACGCGUUGUUAGAUUCUUCAUCAUCUUCGCAUCUGAACAUGGAUGAUGCUAAUAUCAAUCAGUUUGGGUUCAAUACCAGCUCUGCGCUGCCCGUGGCAAUGACACCUGUGGUCGAAAGAGGGAACGACUUGUUGAAUAAGCGGAAAAUGAGUACAGCAGCAAGUGCCGGGUCCAGCAGCAGAAACAACAGCAUAACACAAGAGCAUUCGGCUAACAGUUCGGCCCCAGGCUAUUCCGCUACGGCUGCUUCAAGUUUAAGUAGCGGCACGAUUCCCGCUGCAAUGCCCACUACAACGUCCCACACUGGCAGCAAUGCGCCCUCGACCGCUUCAAGUGCAACUGUCACGUCUACAAAUGUGUGUCCGCUGAUGGAGAAGCCACCAAAGUUUCUCCAGAUGGACAUGUUUGUCGAUUGUCCUCCAGAAGAACUUUCCGGAGACGUUUCCAACGAUCAAGAGCACGACCGCAAGUUUUUGGUCCUUCGAGAGCUGGACUCUCUGCUAAAAACUUUCGAGGAUGGAUUUCCCGCAAUGGAGUAUGCUCUCAAAGAGGUCUCGAGCAGGACAGAUGGCUACAACUGA